AUGCGCCCGUUCUUGCAGACGUGCGCUGCAAACGAGCCCAAGGGAAAAGUGCGACUCAAAACAGGAGUUAGCCUCAAUUCCACAAAUACGAUCGAGGGCAGUGCAGAUGGCGCUCACGGACGAUUAGCAGAUGUUGAAGUCAAUGGGUCCGGCUAUCCAACAGAUGAUGAAGAUGGCGAUGAUGUUCAUGGUUCAGGAUCGCCAGUGCCACCACCAUCGACGGACACCAAAUCGAAACCAAUUACCACCAUGAAACCUGCUAGCACUACAACAACAGCUACUGUGAUUUACAAGCCGGUGCCAGUGCAGCCAGUUGUCACAUCCGAUCGUCAUAAGGAGUUGCACGUCGAUGAGGAAGACGACGAGGAUGACGACGAAGAUGAUGAGGAUGACUUCGCUGAUGAGAAUGUCAAUGACGACACUGAUAUUGAGACGAAUGCAGGCGCCACAACGACGACGACCCACCGUCCAGAAACGACUACGAGGCGGGCGUUUCCAACAAAUCCACCGCCACGUGUCAACCAACCGACGACAACCCCCUCAAGCGGUCCAUUCUCUCCAUUCCACGAAACGAUUACCAACGGAAUUUAUGCAGGGAUCGCAGGUGGAAUUCUUGUCGCCGUUAUCAUUUCAAUUCUUCUUGUGCUCUUUGUGAUUUUCCGAAUAAGGAAGAAGGAUGAGGGCUCGUAUGCGCUGGAUGAGCCGAAACAGGCUCGACCAUAUGCCACUUAUGCGUACACGAAAGCCUCCACUAAAGAAUUCUACGCGUAA